GCGCCAGCCGCUGCUUAGGCCUGAGCGAGAGCCGACGGCGGGCGGGCGCAGCUGCACCGUGAGCGCCAGCGCGGGCUGGUCGGCCGCGCACCCUUCUUCCUCCUCACUCCCCGCGCCCUCGGUCAUGGUGGCCCCCGGCUCUGUGACCAGCCGGCUGGGCUCGGUGUUCCCUUUCCUGCUGGUCCUGGUGGAUCUGCAGUACGAAGGUGCUGAAUGUGGAGUAAAUGCAGAUGUUGAGAAACAUCUUGAAUUGGGCAAGAAAUUACUUGCAGCUGGACAGCUGGCUGAUGCUUUAUCUCAGUUUCAUGCUGCAGUAGAUGGUGACCCUGAUAACUAUAUUGCUUACUAUCGGAGAGCUACUGUCUUUUUAGCUAUGGGCAAAUCAAAAGCUGCACUUCCUGAUUUAACUAAAGUGAUUGAAUUGAAGAUGGAUUUCACUGCAGCAAGAUUACAGAGAGGUCAUUUAUUACUCAAACAAGGAAAACUCGACGAAGCAGAAGAUGAUUUUAAAAAAGUGCUCAAAUCUAACCCAAGUGAAAAUGAAGAAAAGGAAGCCCAGUCUCAACUCAUAAAAUCUGAUGAAAUGCAACGUUUACGUUCACAAGCACUUCAUGCUUUUGAAAGUGCAGAUUAUACUGCUGCUAUAACCUUCCUUGAUAAGAUUAUAGAGGUAAGUUUCUUUAAAUACAUGAACAGCGAAGUUCGUGAGUGUCUUAAACUUGACCAGGAUCAUAAAAGGUGUUUUGCACACUAUAAACAAGUAAAGAAGCUUAAUAAGCUGAUUGAGUCAGCUGAAGAACUCAUCAGAGAUGGCAGAUACAUAGAUGCGACCAGCAAAUAUGAAUCUGUAAUGAAAACAGAGCCAAACAUUGCUGAGUAUACAGUUCGUUCAAAAGAAAGGAUUUGCCAUUGCUUUUCUAAGGACGAAAAGCCUGUUGAAGCUAUUAGAAUAUGUUCUGAAGUUUUACAGAUGGAACCUGACAAUGUGAAUGCUCUGAAAGAUCGAGCAGAGGCCUAUUUAAUAGAAGAAAUGUAUGAUGAAGCUAUUCAGGAUUAUGAAACUGCUCAGGAACACAAUGAAAAUGAUCAGCAGAUUCGGGAAGGUCUAGAGAAAGCACAAAGAUUAUUGAAACAGUCGCAGAAACGAGAUUAUUAUAAAAUCUUGGGAGUAAAAAGAAAUGCUAAAAAGCAAGAAAUCAUUAAAGCAUAUCGAAAAUUAGCACUGCAGUGGCACCCAGAUAACUUCCAGAAUGAAGAAGAAAAGAAAAAAGCUGAGAAAAAGUUCAUUGACAUAGCAGCUGCUAAAGAAGUCCUUUCUGAUCCAGAAAUGAGGAAGAAGUUUGACGAUGGAGAAGAUCCCCUGGAUGCAGAGAGCCAACAAGGAGGUGGCGGCAACCCUUUCCACAGAAGCUGGAACUCAUGGCAAGGGUUCAACCCCUUUAGCUCAGGCGGACCAUUUAGAUUUAAAUUCCACUUCAAUUAAACCAACUGUUUUUCUGCUCUUCUUAAUUUUUUUAAAGAUUAAAAACAAAGAAACCUUGUUCUGGGAUCCUAAUGAAAAAAAAAUCUCAAAUCUUUCAGUUUGUCCAUAACCAAAGAGUUAUUUUAAUAGGAAAAAAUCUGUUCUUAUCCAUGUUAGAUUUAAGGUUGAUGGAUUUGCAAAGGCAGAGAGGCGAGGAAUGGCUGUUUCUAACAAAGCAGCCUGUAUACAUUUAGGAAUGUCUGGAAGUGGUCUGAGGCGGGCUCUCCUGUGGAAGUGCUACUGCUGUCUGUAUUUUUCUACACUGGAGCAUUCCUCUCAGUGUAGACAUUCUUCUGUUCCCAGCCUUGCCAUAGCAAGUCAGUGCCUACGUGUAUAAGCAGGAGCUGUAAUCUUUAUGAGACUUGGUUAUGUUUCAAAAUGCUUAAAGACAAUAUGAACAUUUUGAACUGUAUGUUCUUAGGGACAAGAAUGCAAGUUAAGUCUUUACAUGCAUUUACACCGCUGCUAGUGUCAACAUGGCUAUCACUGAAGGAAGGGGCAGAGUCCAUCUUUCAGAAGACCUGCCACCAAAUGAUAGUUGAUAUAUCCAAGUUUAGACUUUGGAUUGAUGUUAAACAUAUAUAUUUUUUUGUUUAGUACAUGCAGAAUACUGAAAACCACUUAACUUGAAUUUAAGUAUAAAUACUUAUGGGCCCUUUUAAUAUUAAACACAAAUUAAGAUUAAUAUGUAAAUAGGUUCAGAUAAUAGUGGUAUUAUUUAAAAUAAUAUUGCAGAUUGAAAUACUUUUUAAACAACUGAAGUUCUGGGUUGUUAUAUAGAAUUUCCUGUAACAGGAUUGGCUUAGAAAUGUAAAGUUGCUCAGUCAACAUAAACACACACAGAAUGCCACGUUUACUCCUCUUAAUAGAGUGGGGCAGCUUCUCCUCCUGUAUCUGGGCCUGACCACCUGGACUGCAGUGACUCCCAUGUGGGACCUGUUGCUAGUGUGUGUGAAACAACAGAUCUGCUUCUCUAACAGACCUUGAUGCCGCUAGAUGUUCUCCUGCCUAGAAGAAAAUACAGGCUUGCAAAUUUAGUCAGCUCUGGCUAUAUCAUUUCAUUUAAUAAGAUGGCAUCUCUUGAGAUACCUUUUAAGAAGAUAACUAUUUAAGAAGCAAACUAUUUAGUCUUAUAUGCUGGAUAAUUUUGGCCCUAAAAAAUGUGUUACUUUAAUCGAGAACAUCGAAUAUUUAUGGAACUAUUGAUGAUGCAUUUAAAAUCUGAGCCAAAUACUUUUGAUAAGAAUUACUACCUUUAUUCUCAAAGAUUUUUGGUUUUGCCCUGAACCAUUUUAAGCAGUAAAGAGUCUAAUUUAUUUUUAUGAAAUCAAGCAUUUUAAUUCAUUGUGGGAGGCAUAUUGACCACAACCAUCUACAGCAGCCAAGCACAGGUCAUUUUCUUCUACAGUCAUAUCCUGAAACAUAUGUGGAAAGAUUUUUUUUAACUGAGGGACAAAAUAAAUCACAUAGUUGAACUGAGCAAAACACUUAAGUGCUUUUUGCUAUUUAGGAGUCUAUUUCCUACCAAUAAACUUAACAAUGCAUUUUGAAAACUAGCAAACAGCUUGCAGCUUUCAUUCUGUUUUAGUGUCUCAAUUCAAGCCAGUGUGAAAAUAAUUUCCAAGGUAAAUUCAUUUUUGUCUACUCUUUACUCUUAGUAAUCUCAUUACUUCCCUAGUUAUAUAAGCAAUAUUUUUUUCAAUCUGGUUCCUUUUGUAUGUGAUGUCCCUGUAAAUUCUUUGGACCACAGUAAAGAAUUUUCACACAGAACCAGAUAAAAGGAAAUAUCAAGUCACUUACCCUUCCAUUUAGAGGAGAGGAUGAAAGUUGCCAACAAGAAGGAGCCAGAGGGUGUUUGGGAUGGUCGAGGGCCAGGCCACACGGGAGACAUGUCCAGGGCCUCACUGCCUGCCACCUGCCGCCUGGAGGCUUGUUUAUAUUUUCAUUUCUUCGCUAGUAACCACCAUAAUUUCUAUCCCUAAAGUCUUACCAUGGAGUUAGACAACUGAAAUGUGCAGAUAGUUACUUGCCUGUUUUAGUGAAGAGAAAGGAGAAACUCUGGUGCCACGUGCCAACGUCAUGGAAGGAAAUGAAUUCCCUGCAAUCUGUUGUUUUGUGAUUAACGAAGAAAGUAACGACCUUUGAGUGCCAGCCUUGACAUCCAUCAGCAAUCUUUUGGUGUUCACCCAAAUGGAAAGAUGGUCACUCAGUGCUUCUUUACAGAGAGAAAAAUCCUGGAUGUGUAAAGGGAUAGAAUAGUCUUUCCUCCUGCCUGACACAGGAGAUGAUUGUGCAGUGUAAAGCAUACUACUAAAAGGGCAUUUUACUUUUUUGGGUGGGCUGCUUUCACUUUUCUUUGGGGACUGCAGGUACCAGGCAAUCCCGUGGCUCUUUCAGGAAAAGUAAAAUCAGGCCACCCUAGCCUUAGCUAUAUUGUUAAACUCUGCCCUUCCUUUGUGGUGACCUCCACAAGUCACCAAAAAGUCACAGCAAGAAGUAUUAAACACAUCAGCCUAGAAGCAAUGUAUUAAUAAAACUGUUAUACAAAGGGAGACUAAAUUUAAUUCCUGUUCUGAAAGUUUGUGUUUUACCAUGAAUAGAUGAAAACUGGAAAACAAUUUCAAUAGUAAUGUGAAUGGGAUGUAACAAUACUAAUUUUAAAAUGACUCAGUCAGUAUUAAAAGUCUAUUUUAAAUCAGUAUGAAGACAGAUUUUUGGAGCUCUGAUAAUGGAAUCUAAAAACUAUCCAUUUUUUUAUUUUUAAAAGAAAAAUAUAACAUAACUAGGUUGAAAAGGUGGCCAAUAAAAUCACAACUUGAAAUUGACACCAUUUUGUUCUCAUGGUGGAUAAUGAAAAAUUUCACCUUAAAGGCAUGAAAUUGGUGAGAAGUCGUAUUUGACAUUUACCAUGAAAAGCGCACAAGAUGUGUAAGUUAAAAAUGGCUCCUCAGGUCUGUAUUGGAGCCAACUGCCUUACAGAUACAGGGCACUGGUGAUGGGCCUUGCAGGUUUUCAUUGAGUACAAAUCAAUGAGAUAACCUAGAGAAAUUCAUGUACCUUUGCUGAAUGUAGCUGACUUUUCCAUGUUUAUAAAGGAGGAAGGCAAAUGCUAAUUUGUCAAUAAUAUCCUUUUCCUAAAUCAGAUCAUUCCUUUCUCAGUAGCAGUUUAUACUGUAAUUUCCAAUGAUGUUAAGAGGUGGGGGUUAUUUGGGUUUUUGUUUACAGAUGAUCUCAUUUGCUGAAUGAUUUAAAAGUAAGAUUAGCCACUGCGUGGCUUUGUGUAUAGUAGCAGGUUUUGUUGCAUUUGUCUGUGGCUGAAACAAUUACCUGCAGUGGAAAGCAGAGGAUGGAGGUAAAAAUUUGGGAUGUCUGAUAAAUCAAAAUAUUACUCUUACCAUAAGCUUAUCAUUUGUUUUGAAUGGGACAAGACUAAGUAACUUAAUCCAUCUCAAUUUAGUGUUUUAAUAAAAAAGGAACCUAAUAUUAUUUGAAAUGGGUCUCAGACAUGUCUACAAAUAUGGGUACUAUUUUUAUGCCCGUGUAUUUUCACAUUUAAUAAAAAUAUUUAUGGUCAUAUCAGUA